CCCAGGUGCCCAGACCGGAGUAGGUGGUUUUCGUAGGGGAUCACACCCCGAGCCUUUGACCUAAAGGUCUGAUCCACAAGGCAGUAGAACAACGUCAGGAGAUACAGCCCCAUGGUAGCCGGUGACCUACAAUAAGUUCAGACACCAUUCGUUCCAUCAAAAUCUUGGAGCCCAUUUGCACCAUUGGUUAGGAACCAGGGUUUCCCAACUCCCCUAGAUGGACUUACCGUGUCUACCAACCCGGUUAAAGCACCUGACAUUCUCUUUCCAUCCUCUCAAUUUUGUGAACAACACCCGCUCUACGAGAAGGCAGUAAGUAGGACUUCCAUGGAAAAGGCUGUAUGAGUGUGGCCAUGUGAAAGCAAUUCGAGAGGGAGAGCAGACUCCCCACUCUCGGCCGUAUCAAGGUCUAUAGAGAUAGAUGGAGACGAUCUAGAAGUUAAUUUCACGUUACCAUCGCAAAUGGUCAAGUAAUGGAUUGUUAAUGCUCCCAAAUAUGAAUGGUUGUACAUCAUUGAUUUUCAUAAACUAUUUUACAUACAUAGGAGCAAAUUUAUGACCAAAUGUCUUGUUCUAUGGAUCAUCUUGUUAAUAAUGGUGAUGAAAUACAACCAGAAAAAUUCUCGUCGAUUUCCUCAACUAAUGUACUUACUCCUAUUGAAGGUUCAAACGAAACUUUUCGUCAAAGGCAAUCAGACGUUUUUUCUGCACUAACUAGCCUGGAGGCAGCUCAUCGUGAAGUGUACAAGGCUACGAAAGAAGAACGUAAAGCUGUACGUAAAGCAGCUUGGCGUCAUACAAUUACUGCCCCAGAAAAUUUAGCAGAGUUGAAAGAACGUCGCGAUCAUGUUCAAACAGCUAGCGGUAAAGAGCACAAAACAACAUGUCAAACACAAAAUUCAGCUUUCCGAAAACCUAACGCUCUCCCACCAUCAACACAUCGUCGACCAAACUAUGUACAUCGAGAUCCUAGUAAAUGGACACAUUAUAGUUUAGCUGAUGUUAAUGAAGAUCCUGAUAUUAGUGAUAACUCACUCGCUAUGGCUUUGAUAAAUGAGCUUCGACAAUCUCGAAAUAACACUGAAACUGUACAAGAUGACGAAACUUGCCCAACAAAUCCACGUCAUAACAAUCGGAUAUUGUUUCGUCCAACACGAGGUAAAAAACGAGCUCGUCUCACUGAAGAAAAUCUACCAAAACCUGAAGUGCGUCUAGAGAGUUGUUUCGACACGCCGGAUACAGAUGAAUCACAAAGUUCCACCGACGAUUCAAUAUCUUUGUCUCAUAAUAGUGAAAGUUCGUGUGCUUCUGUGGCAGUCUUUGUGAAUCGACGUCACAAAGGCCAGAUACGUAAUCGACAUUUAGAUAACCCAGUAGAUACUGAGCACCAGCCAUUUGAUGAUCAACCGGCGAAUGCUGUUGCAGUUAACUCAGAUUAUGAUGAUAAAGGUGAUCAAGAUCUCGAUGUGGAUUCUGAUGAGUUAGAAGAAGAUCCGGAAGAAGAUAAGACAAAUGACUACUUGGCUUAA